AUGAGCAAUAUGGAACCACCCCCAAGGCCAGCAUCGGCGCUCUUCGAUGUUUUCCUGCGCUUGAGGCCUUCAAGCGCCAGCAAUGAGCGCUUCCUCGACGUCGAACAUAUCGGCGAUAAUGUUCCGACACAUAUAACAAUCCGACCAACCGCAAAUGAUCAUCGGAAAAGAGCCAUUGAGAAAUUUGCUUUCACAAGAGUAUUUGAGGAGAAUGCAUCGCAGCUCGACAUGUUCAAGGAUACAGGCAUGCUGUCGUUGAUUGAGGGGGUAUUGGGAACAGACAAGAGAGCGUCAAGAGAUGGACUGUUGGCUACACUCGGUGUGACUGGCUCAGGAAAGAGCCACACGAUCCUUGGGACCAAAUCACAACGUGGAAUCACCCAAAUGUCACUUGACGUAAUCUUCAGGAAUCUCUCAGAUCGAAUAGCGCUUCCAUCUUCUACGCAAACCGUCUUCUCGCUUUCCGCGGCGGACGUGUCCGAGUCUCAGCUUUUGCCCGCAUAUAUAUAUCUCGACUCGAUAUAUGGCGAGAGCCAUGCAGAGUCUCGAAUGGCCUCUCGAGCCCAAACACCAAUGAUGGUAGGAGAAGAGUCUCAUACUUUACUACAUUCGACCUCUAUCGGCUUGUAUCCGGCAAUACAACUAAGCAAGCCGCCAUGUCAGACCUCUCUUGUAUCUUCUUCGUCUCCUAUUAUGUCAAAGUCAUAUAUACCUACAGCGAAUGGCGUAGCCAACAUAUUUCAUCGUUUUACAAGAAGUAUUGCUAAGUCAGGAUCUUCGCAUGUAAAGGAUGCAAGCUCUUUCAUAGGUCCCCCUCGAUCUCGCCAUAUGCCACAGGUCACGGCUCUACCACGAACGCCGAGCGUCGAUGAUAUAUCUGUAAGAAUCGACGAAAACGCCGAGUACGCAAUCGUCAUUUCCAUGUACGAAGUAUACAACGACCGAAUUUAUGACCUACUUACGCCAUCCGCUGCAACAGCCAAGGCUGGGGUGGGUAAACGCCGACCACUACUCUAUAAAUCAACAGAACUAUCGCCAGACCGGAAGGUGGUCGCAGGCCUACGGAAGAUUAUUUGCGGCACCCUCGAAGAAGCUCUGAUGGUUCUAGAGACGGGUUUGAUCGAGAGACGAGUCGCAGGCACGGGUAGUAACGCAGUCAGCUCGAGGAGCCAUGGUUUCUUUAGCGUGGAGGUCAAGAAGCGCAUCCCAACCAAGUCCACCACAUGGACAUCAAACGGCCUUACAAUAGUUGACCUUGCAGGCUCCGAACGUGCGCGUAAUGCGAAGACUGCUGGCGCAACUCUCGCAGAAGCCGGAAAGAUCAACGAGAGUCUGAUGUAUCUGGGUCAAUGCAUGCAGAUGCAGAGUGACAAUCAAGACGGCAACCGACAAAACCUAGUUCCAUUCCGACAGUGCAAACUUACCGAACUCCUUUUCUCGAAUUCGUUCCCAUCGCUUAGUGUUCAGUCUCAGCAUCAUCAGCAUCGGAACCCUCAAAAGGCCAUUAUGAUUGUAAACGCAGAUCCGAUCGGUGACUUCAAUGCCACCUCCCAGAUCCUUCGGUACUCUGCUCUAGCUCGCGAAGUCACAGUCCCUCGAAUCCCGUCUAUCACGAGUACUAUUCUCUCGGGUACUACUGCUACCGCUAGGCAAAUGUCAAGCAGCAGUGGUCGGACUUCACCUGCAGAAUCGGAUCCAGAUGACGAUGAGCAUGACCAUGCACUGCAGGAAAUCGGUCGGUUGAACGAGGAAAUGGAGAUACUCGAACUGCGCUUCCAAGAAGAAGCAAAACGCCGUCUUGCCGCAGAAGCGUCAUGGCGAGCAGCCGAAGAGCGCAUGGUUGAAGUCGAACAACAGGUCCGCGCCGAGUGCUACGACGAGAUGGAAGCUAAGAUCGAUGAAGAGCGGAGACGGUGGAAGUGGGCGUGGGAGGAAGAAGCGGAUCGUAACGAUGCACAUUUAGACCAGAAGCUCUCACUCCUGACACAAAAUGUCAAGAUACACGAGGAUGCAGCGCCGAGUGUUGAUGAGCGAGUCAGAGAGCUUGAGAACGAGAAUGAUGUGCUGAGGCGGAAGCUGGAGAAUCUAGAGCGCGAGAUGCAACAGCGCAGCCCAACGAAGAAACAGCGGGUACUAAAGGCGAAGAAGUUUGAGGUUGGCGUCUCGAUAUUGGAUAGCCCUUGA